ACCUUUAAUUGUAGUGGGAAUGUUCCAAUCCUGUGUAGUUUGUCUGUGGGAUUUUGAGUUACGCUCUCUGGCAUUUCAUUCAGGUGACCUCAGCAGCCAAACAAGAUGAAGUUGGAACAAAAAUCCUAAGUUAUCCAAAACGGCUCCACCACUACUCACUGAUGUAAAGUCAAAUGUUGAAAGUUGAGGCCAACAGGAUUCUGUUUCAGUGUUUGCAGAGGUUAAGGUGAAGGCCAAAGUCUUCCUUCUGUAGAUGGUAUAAAGGGCUUACCUUGGGAAGGGGAUCUCCACACUUGUAGCAAUGCAGGAAGUUUGUGCUAUUUUGAAAAUGAAAAUUCUCUCAAAUUCAUCAUUAUAAAUUACUUAUUGCAUAAAGAACUUUAAUAGGUAAUAUUUCUAAGCUCAUUGGUGAAUGUAAUACACUGGCACUACUCAAAUAUUGUUUAGACAAAACACUCCUGCAACAGGAGAUAGCAUCCACUUUCUACAUUGCACUGAAAGCACAGAUACAGGCAUUUUUCAGUGAAGCUGGUUGUCAAAAACAAAGACAGCAAUAACCACACCAGCAGGGAUUGCUGUCUCUUGCCUCCUUAACGGUGUGUGUGUGUUGCAGGGUUGUGUUAACAGCCAAAAGUCUGAAAUGUGCCUCUACACAGCGAGUGUUUUCAAGCGGGCUUACUGGCGUUAUUAAAAGAUAAUCCUUUCUAAUACUCUUGUGUUCCCUGAGUUGUUGGGGGAAGCGUUGUUUCUUUCCUGCCGCUCCAUUCACAUGAUAAGGAGGGUCAUGACUCCUAAUUUUAGGUCAUUUUCUCUUCGGGAAAGGUGGGUGUUUAAAUCCCUCGCUUGGAGUCCUGGAAAAUUUAAUCUGGUCAAAAGAAAACCCUGAAACCAGAUUCGUUGUCAGCCCAGUUCUACAUAACGCUGCUGGGAGUUGAGUAGCUGCAAUCGAAGCCGCUUUCACAGAGCCCGGUGCGAGUGCGUGACUCAGCGACAGGAAGGAAGAAGGGCUGUCUCUUUCCCCAGGUGCACUCACGGAUGAGACGGAUGUAUUUGAUGCAUCUUUACGAAACGAAUGUUUUCACGGUAGCACCACAGACGCGCCAACACUUUGAUUCUCUUGCCCUCCCCCAUGCAAUUCCUCCCCUUGUUCUCCCGCGCUGCGGGCUCUGUGGGUUCGGGGCUGCUCCGCGGCUCAAACAAAGCUGCCUCCUGGUGCGCACGGCACGAGAGGAGAAGCCUUUCGGGUCCCUCCUGCCUGCAGCGGGACGAUUUUGCAGCCUGCCUGGUGCAACUGUGGAUAGCGGAGGCAUCGUGCUGCACUAGCUAGGGGAGGAGGAGGAGGAGCCAGAGCUGGCAGCGGGCUGCUCCUGCUGCCGGGCGUGGUCGAGCGCAUCGCCAUCUCGGCGUGUUGGAGAGGCUGCGCGGGAACAUGGGAUCGCUCUGAUUCCCGCCGCUCCACAGCUUUGCCACAAUGGUGAAGGAAGAUACGGUGAAUGAAGAUUCUGAACCAUCAGUAUGUGAGAGAAAUGGCAUGAUUCCCAUGCAUGAGAAAAGUGAGGAGGGGUCAACAGUAGAUGCCAAAGGUGCUGAUGGGAAUAUACAAACAGAAGAAACUGCUCUAUUGAAUCACUCAGCUCAGCAGCCUCCAGAACCGGUAUCAGGGUCUUCAGCACCUGCAGGAACAUGGAGGCAAAUAUUUGCUUGUCCUCCUCAGGGUUUACUGUCUCGAAUAGUAACAAAUGUUGCCGCUGUGGUCUUGGUUUGGGCUGUGGUUUGGUCCAUCACUGGGCCCGAAUGUCUCCCAGGUGGAAACCUGUUUGGAAUUUUGUGUCUUUAUUUUUUUGCUGUCAUUGGAGGUAAAAUUUUUGGACUCAUUAAAAUAGGAACACUGCCACCCCUCCCUGCUCUUCUGGGGAUGCUUCUUGCUGGUUUUCUCAUCCGAAAUACCCCGUUUGUUAGUGACAUUGUCCAGAUAAAUCUGCGCUGGUCUGCCGCACUGAGGAAUAUUGCUCUUUCAAUUAUCCUGACCCGAGCAGGACUUGGUCUAGAUCCAAAGGCUCUUAGGAAGCUGAAAGCAGUCUGCUUACGGCUUUCUUUUGGACCAUGCCUCUCGGAAACAUGCACAGCUGCUGUUUUUGCCUAUUUACUCAUGCAUUUGCCAUGGCAGUGGGGAUUUAUAUUAGGUUUUGUUCUAGGUGCAGUCUCUCCAGCUGUUGUAGUUCCCUCAAUGCUGAUCUUACAAGCUGGGGGAUAUGGAGUGGAGAAAGGUGUCCCAACUUUGCUAAUGGCAGCUGGAAGCAUUGAUGACAUUCUGGCUAUUACAGGCUUCAACACUUGCCUUGGGAUGGCUUUCUCUUCUGGUUCCACUCUGUACAAUGUGCUCCAAGGAGUGCUGGAGGUUGCUGUUGGCAUAGCAGCUGGUGGGAUUCUGGGAGUGUUCGUUCGGUAUUUCCCAAGCCAUGAUCAGGCAUCUCUGUCAUGGAAGAGAUCAUAUUUUGUGCUUGGACUGUCCAUGUUUGCUGUUUUUGGCAGUGUCUAUUUUGGCUUCCCUGGAUCAGGAGGGCUCUGCACAUUAGUCCUAGCUUUUAUUGCUGGCAUGGGAUGGUCCGAGGAAAAGAGGGAAGUAGAAAAAAUUGUUGCCAUUGCUUGGAAUAUCUUUCAACCUUUUCUUUUUGGUUUGAUCGGAGCUGAAGUAUCUGUUACAUCUCUCAGGCCUGAAACUGUUGGGCUCUGUGUAGCUACACUGGGUAUUGCCCUAGUUGUGCGAAUCGUUGCGACGUUCCUGAUGGUGUGUUUUGCUGGGUUUAAUUUCAAGGAGAAAGUAUUUGUCUCACUGGCGUGGAUUCCCAAAGCCACUGUCCAGGGAACAUACAGUCUUCAGUUAAUGCUUGUUCCCUGACAAGAGAAGAAGGAGCUCUCAAACUGUACAGACUGAUGAACAGUUCCAGUGCUGCAUGAGAUGGUUACUGUGUCAAGCGCUGACUUCUGUGUCCCUCCUGCCUGUUGUGCAUGGCUCACUGAGGUACUCAGUUGCAUAAACGAGGAUAGUUUUAUAAGGAGCUUAUUGCAUUUGGAAAGUGUAGUAUGUGCAGACCUAAUGGGUAAAGUGAAGGAAUAUGCUGUUCAGUUCAUCAGUGGCUGCUUAUAAAAUAAUACACUUCAUGUGAUUAAAAUGUAGAGGAGAAGCUGUGUAUAGUUUGGUUUAUUUACAAAGUUUUAUAGAAAAUAAAAACUCUCCUUCAAGGAGUGAUCACUGCACCACAUUUGGAAUGUGUUCAGUGACAGUGUAAGCAUUAUAGCCCUUUAAAUUUGAACACAAUCAUAAGCCUGACAGCCUUGCUCGCCAUCUCAUAAAUUGACUCUAUCGUGUUCCCUUAAUCUUAGUUCCCUUUCAGUUUAGUUAUCAGGAUCACUCCUCCCAUCAUUCUAGACCCCGAAUAGCUGCACUGAUUCAACUGUAGCUUUGUCUCACAAAUCAAAUUCAAUUUUCCUUUCCUCACCACUGAGUGUAUUUGUCACAGGGCCCCUUUCUCUGAGCCUUUAUUAAGUUGUGAAUAAGAAUCGCAUUGAAGCUAUUACAGUCCUGCAGAUCUAAAAUGAGAAGCAUUGAUGCUAUAUAAUGCUCCUUGCUUUCUAGAAAGGAACAAAACACAUCUUGUCAUGAGAAGAAAUGUUAUAUCGGGGCUGAGAUAUUGUCAAUAAGUACAAUAAGGGACAAUUUCAGCUGCUUUUAAAUAGGAGUUAAUUGAAAGAGUUUGCAGAGGUGAAGUCAUGACGACUAGGGCCCCCUCCCUUUCAACAAAAUGCCAUGAAAUCAUUCAUGAAUAAUGCAUAAAUUCAAGCUAAUAAAAUCUUUAUGCCAUGCCAAACAGUCUCUUUUUUGGAGGAACUGAAAUUAGUGUGCAACAUGCAGUAACUGUAAGUGGGGGAGUCCACUGUCAUGCAGACAUAAGCACAAGUGCAAGGUGGAGAAUACUGAGCACUGCAUGCAUGUGCAGUUCCAGAAGGUUCAGAAGAGCCUCAGCAGCAGAACAGUCUGACAGCACAGCACAGCCCUGCUGGCACACAGCAGGCAGAGUUAGAGCAGGCAGCAUACGAGUAAAGACAGAAAGGGGCCAUCUGGAAGCAGGAAGUAGCAUGAGCCAGGGAUGAAAUAACAAUGUAAUUAUAAUCACUCUCUUCCUUUUUCAGCUAAACUGAACAUUCUGGAGAAUUCAGAUGACGUCUAGAAUUAAUUGUGAAAUGCUCAGGCUGUAGUAUGGCCACAAAACGGUAAAUGAUAGUUUUUGCAUUUUAAAUGGAGUCCAAGAAGUGAAAUUUUGGGCCAGAUGGUGCUUGAAUCGCAUUUGCUUUGUCUAAUAGUUGACACAAAUAAGUCAUCUUUAUCUAAGUAUAUUUGUUUUGCAGGUUUAUUUGUAGUUUAUUACAGUGAUUGUUCAAAUUCAUAGUGGAAAGAGAGGUCAUUACUAUUGUUCUAGUAGAGUAAGGCAUCAUGGUAUGACAUGCCCUGUUAUGCUUUCCCCGACUUUGCAUCAAGACAAGUGAAGAUCUGGUCUGGUCUACCACCUGUGUCCUGGUAUUUAUCAUGCUAUUAUCCCCUUGUGUGGGGCUUCCAACUAAGGGUAGAAAAGUCACCCAGUGCCAAGAGAGCCCAGCACACCUUAGUAGGUAAUGCAUUCAACUCUAUCAUUGCUUAGACAGAGGGCUUCGCAGACAUUUCCAUCCUUAGCUCACAGACUUUAGAGAGAGAAUCUGAACAGAUAAGUACGUUGUGAGGCUGGUUUUUCUUUUUGCUGCAAAGACUUGCAUUUAGAGCACAAGCUGUGAACGGAUUCAGCAAUUUUUUUUUUAUUUUUUGCAUCUAUCUUCCAAAGGACAUCACAUUAAAUUAAGAGCAAAACUUCUUGCAUUUGGCUUGCAGAUAAAGAAUCCAAAUUGCAAACAGCACAGGCUCAGAUAAGCCAAUCCUAUUCAGUGCUGUGAACUCAGCAGUCCAAGAAAAUUUCAUUUACUUGGUGAGUGCAGGUACAGACACCUAACUUCCAUGGAUUCUUGAAAUCAGAGAGGAUGAUAAAGGCUCUGGUAUCCUCCUUCAUCUUGGGAUGCAUUUUGCUGCCCUUCUCAGACUGACGCGACGUGAAUCCAUUACACAGCUGUUUUUACCUGGCAGGUAGGCUGAAACAAAACUCUUACUUUGAUAAACAAAAGCAGAACAAUUCUUGGUUUGAAAUUCCUACAGCCAAAGCACUACAGCCAGCGUUGUUCAGCUUUUGUUUACUUCAGUUUUAUAGCUGUACUUUUACAAUCAGCAAUUGCAGUAAAAGAAGGGAUUUUUAAUGCCAAGAGUAUGAAAAUUACCCUACAGGAAUGCGCAAUCCCCUUGUUAGGGCUCUUUGCUGCACCCGACUAAGGCCUGCUCCAAAACCACCAUGAAGAUGGGAUUCACCUUGACUUUAAGUGUGGCCACAUGAGGCAGUUUUCCCUUCACAGAUUCAUUUUGAAAUGCAGGAAAAUAGUAAAAAAGAUUGUAAGCAAGAUAGAUGACUAUAAUGUAGAAAUAAGUAAGAUGUCCUUUCUAAAAAGGAACUGUGACACAGUGUUGUUGCUAAACUAUACCUCAUGUAGGUUCCACUGCCAUAGAGACAUAAGCAAAACCAAACCACACACCAUGUGUUUCUGUAGCCAGAGUUGCAGGUAGUUUAGCAGUAGUUUCAUCCAACAGAAAGCAGGGGAAAAACAAUUACAUAAUCAAAUUGUGCGAGAGAUGGAGGCAAGAGGCUAAACAUCACAUUGUCAUUUUUUUAAAGAUUUCUGGGAGAAAAUUCACUUCUGCUGUACCACUUACCUCAGCAGCAUUUGUCUAAGUGGAACAACAGAAAAGAGGAUUGCUGUACACAGAAAGCAAUGAAAUUAUCUGAAUGUGAGAGUAUCCUGAUAGAAGCUGGAAGUACAUAAAGACUUCUAUAGAAUAAUUGCUGCAACGGCUGUGAGUUUUUCUAUUUCACCUAGCACUUUUUCCACCAAACCCAAGAAUUGAACUUAGCAUUCAGUAUAUGCAUCUAAGAGUGAAAACAGCAUAGUACAAGAUAUUUACAUUACUGUUCUUUCUCUGAGUGUUAGAUCCUAAUACAAUAGUGUUUACAGGCUGCUUUCACCCAUCAGGAUAAGGUUUCCAUGAAACAUUUAAAUAAAGAUAGAUCGUACUGUGGUUUCAGUACACUUUGUAAAAAGCAGUCAUUUAACCCACAGUCACAUCCUAAUCUACCACAGUUUCUUGUGUGGUAAGAGCUUUUAGCACCUAGAACCACACCUGUUAAAAAUGCAGGGACUGUCUCUAUUAGUUCCACUGCUGCUUUGACAGCCACUGUGUGAGAACUGCCUCCUGACUCACUUUCUGUUUCAGCACUGGGAUGAUAAGCUUUGGCAACAGUGUGCUGCUGUGGGGCUUCCCCUCUUACCUAAGAACAGGUCAAAUGAAAUGCUUGUUAAAGAAUAGUCCAGAUCUUCCCUUCAGACAAUUGUCUAAAAUUGGGGCAUGCAUCUAAAGUUCUACUUUUAAACAAGCAGCCUUUCAUUAAAGAAUAAAGCACGUUAGAAGAAGUAGUGUGGAGUCUAACAGCUGAAUGAGUAGCAAUUAUUUACCUAUAACUGAAGUUAAGCCAUACCACAGCACAGUUCUGACUUGUCUUACUAAUGAGUCAGUAACAAGCCAAGAACACAGUUUUACUUCACUUUCUCGGUUCUGUCAUUUAGCCAGCUCCUCCUAUGACUGUCCCUGCUAAAAGAAAUAGCCUCUGCAGUGCAAGUGAACUU